AUGUGUGACUUCUCGCAAUACGGUGGCCCUAGUAAGGAGUGGCUGGCGGUGGAAGCUGGUCUUCCCCCUCCGCAAACCGACAUCUCUCCAUCGGAUCGCAAGAAUGUUAUGAACAAAGUCCGCGAGGAGUUGGCAGUGGAAGCCAUGAAGGCCAUGGCAGACAAAAUCCAAGUACACGACUGGACAAUUCCCACUCGUGACGGAGCAACACUCGAAGCCCGAACUUAUCGAUCUGAAGCAGCGGGUGAUGGGCCUUUGCCUGUUUAUCUGUACUUUCAUGGAGGUGGAUUUCUCUUCGGAACCCUUACCUCGGAAGACGCGACUUGUUCUCGCAUUGCCAUCAGCACAAACGUGCUCGUUCUCAACAUAAACUAUCGCCAUACGCCCGAACACAUCUACCCGACGGCUUGGAAUGAUGCCGAGGACUCUUUCAUUUGGCUACAUGCCAACAUCAAGGAGAUCAACGGCGAUGCUGCGAAAGUUGUGGUUGGGGGUAUAUCAGCGGGUGGGCAGCUUACAGCUUCUCUUACCCUCGCUCAGCACCUGGGCAAGACUCCCCCUGGGUUACCCCCGAUCGCUGGCCAGGUUCUCAUGAUCCCCUGCUUGGCUCAUGUUGAUUGUUAUGAGGGCCUGUUGAAGAAGAUGAAGAGUCCGUCUGUGUCAUCCUACCCCGAGAACGAAAACGCGCCAAUCUUGCCACGACCCAUGAUGGACCUUUUUAUCGGCCUCCUCAAGAUUGAGAACCCAGACCCGAAUGACCUGCGACUAAACCCUGGCAACGCAACCCCGAAUCAGGUGAAAGGGCUACCUCCGACAACCUUUGGAAUUUGCGGCUUGGACGCACUAAGGGAUGAAGGCCUGCUUUACGCUAAAAUGCUUGCAGAGGCUGGUGUUCCGACAGAUGUUCAUGUCUUCAAGGGUGUUCCUCAUGGGUUUCGGCGUUUUGGAGACAAGUUAUCCGCGUCGAAGCACUGGGACGACACGACGGAUAACGGGAUUGCUUGGGCAUUGACAAACCCGAUCGCGACUGGCGAGUUCAAAAUUCAUGAGCACUAA